CUAUUCUCAAAAAAGAAAAAAGAAAAACUCGCUGUUCUUGCUCUCGGCCGGCUGUACUGCUGCUGCUCCUUGAGCUCUCCGCCCUCUCCCGGUCUCCCCAAUCGCCCCGCCGCCGCGGCCUCCUUGCUGCCUGCGUCCGCUUCCGACCUUCCGUGCUCCGUCUUCUCCUCGUCUUCCCCGCUCCCACCUCCGCGCUGCCCUCGAGGAUGGAAGAGCCGCUGCGGUACAAGUUCGGGCCGUAUAAGAUUGACGCGAGGGAGGUCUUCCACGCCACGCCCCUCACCUACGCCAUGGUCAACCUCCGCCCCCUCCUCCCUGGUCAUGUGCUCGUGUGCCCCAAACGUGAGGUGAAACGAUUUGCUGAUCUAAGUUCUGAUGAGACUAGUGAUUUGUGGGUAACUGCAAAAGAAGUUGGUGCAAAGCUCGAGCAGUACCACAAAGCUUCUUCCAUCACAUUCGCGAUUCAGGAUGGUCCUCAGGCUGGCCAAACAGUUGCCCAUGUCCACAUCCACGUCAUCCCCAGGAAGAAAGGAGAUUUUGAGAAAAACGAUGAAAUAUAUGAUGCGAUUGACGUGAAAGAGAAGGAAAUGAAGGAGAAGCUUGACCUGGACGUCGAAAGAAAAGAUAGAAGCAUGGAAGAAAUGGCUCAUGAGGCCACCGAGUACCGCGCUCUUUUCUCCUAGCCAGAUAGAUGUAUUUCUGAUGAACUCUCUAAUUAUCAUCCGCUGCCACUCUUGCCUAAAAUAAGCCUUGUGACUGCUUGUCCUUGAUUGCGCGGUGUGGCUCUUAUUCUCCACGGACCUGGUAGCGUCCAGUCCAAAUCUGAUGUGCUGGUAUCGCUUCGUCGUAAGAAUCUACCGCACAUCUGAUGUAGUGGUAUCAGGAGAUCACUUGUUCGUCGUAAGAAUAUAUCGCACUGGUCAUUCUCCCUUGUGUGCCAAUCGAAUUUAUUUCCCCAAUGAUUUUCGUUUUGGAGAAUAAAGGGAAGGAAAAGAUUUGAUA